AUGAUUCUCGAAAUUUGUCAGCUCAAAGUCAAGUCCAGUCUCUCCACAUCAGAUCCUGGACUUCUCUCUGCUCUAUCCAAAGCGCGGACAGAACUCAAAGAAAGAGUACACAACACCAACUCACGAUUCUAUCAAUGUGCGGAAGACCCCACUCUCAUCUAUAUCCUUGGCGUCUGGCCUUCAUUAGCACGUCAUGCAGAAUUCCUCACAAGUCCAGAGAAAUCAGAAAUCUUAGAUUCGCAAGAGGAUCUAUUCGACUUCGGAUGGAUUCUACAUAUGGAAGUCGGUGUCAGGGGAAUGGAUGAGCUGCCGCUUGAUGCGCCAGUCAUGGCGAUCACGAGACUUUUAAUGAAGGAUGGAGAUGUGCAUGUCAAAGCAUGCGAGGAGAUUGAGUGCAAGUACAGAGAAGUGAUUGCCGAGGGAAGGAGGCAGUGGAAUGUGGUUGAUGGGUGGAGAAUUGAUCGCGAGGACGGAAAGAAUGAAGGUGUGAUGAUUACGGGUUGGGAAAGUGUGGAUGCUCAUAAUGCUUUCACGAAGCGGAUUAGGGAAGCACAUCCGGAAUAUGCUUCGGUGACGCAACAUUACGAGAAGAUGGAAGUGAGGCAUGCGAACAACAUGGAAACUUGA